AUGUUCAACAACCUUGUCACUCACCCACAACAUGUAUUCAAGUAUUCGAAUCAUCAUUGCAGAAUUUUGCAAAGUUACAAUACAACCUGUAUUAAUAGAUUGAAAAAUUAUCACACCAACCACGCUCUUCAGAAAGAUUACAUUUUCGGAGUGUUCAAAGAUGGCUCACUCACACCAUCUGCCCAUCACAUGUUGAAGGACCAAUUCUUAUCCUCUCCAUUCUUUACAAAGAAUGAAUGGAAAGAGGGAAAGACAUCAUUGAUUGACUGUGGAAUGUUCCCAUCGGAUGACAAUCAUUCAUCAUGUUCUAUUGCGAAGGAGCAAAUUACAAUUGAUGAUCGAAUUGUUUUUGUUGGAUUAGGUGAAAAAGAUGUUUCAACCAAAAAGAUUUCCUACAAGAAAAAAUUAUUUAAAGAGCAAUUCAAUCAAAGUGAUUUGAUUGAUAUUAGACAACCUAAUGUGAGGGAGUAUGCUCGAAAAGCAGUUCAACUGCUUUUAUCAGAUAGUAAAAAGAAGGAAGCAAGUGUUGAAAAAGAAAAAUCAUCCUCCACAGAAGAAGAUGAAACCAAUGAAAAGGUUUUAGAAGUGUUUAUUGAUGAUUUAACCAAUGACAAAGAAUCCAUAGAAGGUCUGAAACUUGGAAGUUGGAAAUUUAUCAAAUUAUCAAAGAAAACAUUUGAAAAAUCAUUGAAAGAACUCAGUGAAGGAAGAGUUAAAAUUUCAUCAAAUUUUGAUCACGAGACUGUUGAAAGAGCAAUGAUUUAUGCUGAUGCUCAAAACUUUUCAGCAUAUCUUGCUGAAUUACCUGCAAACUAUCUCACUCCAACACUCUUUUGUAAACUUGUGAAGGAAAAAUUUCAAACAGAAAUUGGUGAUUUAUUGAGCAUGGAAAACUCUCCAAUCAAAAUUGAAGAACAUGAUCGAAAAUGGUGUGAAGAAAAAAAGAUGGGAGCAUUUCUUGGAGUUUCACAAGGUUCAGCUGAGGAGCCAAAAGUGUUAGAAAUUACUUUUAUGAAUAAUCCAAAAGCAUCUGCAAAUGUUUAUGAUAUCAUAUUGGUUGGAAAAGGAAUUACUUUUGACAGUGGAGGUAUUUCCAUCAAGCCUGCAGCCAACAUGAAAGACAUGAAAGGAGAUUGUGCUGGAGCAUGUUCAGUCAUGUCUACCAUGUUAGCCAUUUGUAAACUUGGUUUACCUGUCAACAUCAAGUGUGUAGCUAUGCUUUGUGAGAACUUACCAUCUGGAACAGCCUAUAAACCAGGAGAUGUCAUUAUUGCAAGCAAUGGAAAAACCAUUGAAGUUGAUAAUACAGACGCAGAGGGUAGAUUGGCUCUUGCUGAUGGAUUGUGUUACUCGUCUACAUUUAAACCCAAGCAUCUUAUUGAUGUUGCAACACUCACAGGAGCAUGUGUGGUUGCUUUGGGUCAUCAAUUGACUGGUUGUUACGCUUCUACCAAUGAAAUGUGGAAACUCUUGGAAAGAGCAGGAAUUAACACCAAAGAUUACAUGUGGAGAAUGCCAUUCAUGCCAACUGAAUACGAAAAACAAAAUGAAACCAAUGUUGCUCAUGUCAAAAACUCUGGAGGCAGAACAGGAGGUAGUAUUACAGCAGCAUGCUUUUUAUCAGAAUUUGUUAAUUUUGACAAUGUUUCACAUUAUGCACAUCUUGACAUUGCUGGAACAAGCUCAGAUGCAAAGGGAGUUCAUACUGGACGUCCAACUCGAGCAUUGAUUGAAUAUGUUCGCUUAUUGACAAAGACAUCUGAAGAAACGACAAGUACUUUGUGA